AUGCUCUACAAAGCAUCAACAUGUUGUUCGUUACUAUCAGGACUCUCCGAUCAUUUACAAGGUUAUAAAUUCGAUGAAGAUUUUGCAUGGAGGAAAAUUCAUCAGAUUGCACAAGGCUUAGGUCUCAUACAUGAUAAUGGUACUGUUCAUCGUGAUUUAACGCCUAAGAACAUCUUUUUUGACGCUAAGGGUGAUGUCAAAAUUGGAGACUUUGGUCUUGAUGUGGAUGUGGCUGGAAGUAGAGCGGAAAAUACCCGCAGUGAAGACGGAGCCUUCUAUUACAAAGCACCUGAAAUUGGUGAUCAUAGCGUGAGUACGAUGGAUCAAAAGCUGUGGCACCUUUUUACAACCGGCAUGGGGAGAGUUGAUGUUUUAACCAAGUUAAAGAACAAUGAACUACCUCCAAAAUGGGUCUCCAGAUUUUCCCAACAUGCUUCUCUACUGCAACGGUUGGUGUCUCGAACAGAGGAAGAGAAGUUAGAGUCGAAGAAAGCGAGUUGUUGA